AUGAGAGUAGGUAAGGGCUGUGCAAGGUGCCGCCAUCGCCAUAUACGCUGUGUGAUUCCUACCGGCGCAUCAUCUUGCACUCCAUGUUCACGACUUGGUCGGGUGUGUCAUCUCGAUCCCCGCUUCCAGUUCAAGUCUGUGCAUCACGUUCAUCAGAGAAUCAAUGGAGCGCUUGCUCUGUUUAAGCUUGACUGGAAGGAUGACCAAGUCUGGGUGGACGUAUCACAACCUGUGACAUUCGUCCUUGACGCGACUGAUGGAUUAGUUGCAGAUUUGCCGAGUGAAUGGGAAGAAGAAAAUGGCCUAGAGUCAGAGCAGAGCCCUAGUACUCGUAGAAAAACUCAAGGUCUUCACGCACAUACCACGAACCAAAAUCAUCCCCACGGCCAGCUUUAUGGAGAUCACCCUCAUCACGGCCGCCAAAAUAGUUCUCCUGGCCAAGAUCCAGAUGAUAAAUCUGCACUGUCUCUGAGAGAGGCAUUCUUGGUGCGCCAUUUCAUUCAGAAAUUAGCACCAUGGGCCGAUAUUUGUGAUGUCCACUCACACUUCAGCACCGAAGUUCCGAAACGCGCGUUGAAGAAUAAAAUGGUAUUGAAAGCUAUUUUGGCAUUAUCUGCACGACACGAUGCGAUUGUAACGAACGACAAUGACUGGGAGGCUUCGGCUUAUCAUGGACAAUGCUUAGAGUUAUUGAUUGCGGCACUGGACCAAGCCGAGACAAACUACGACGAGAAUAUGCUUAUCACCGUUGUGAUUCUUCGGAUAUACGAAGAGCUGGAGAACAAUACUGACCAGAAGUUCCAUUUGCUUGGAUCCAAUCGUCUGGUGAAUCUCAUGGCCCGCUCUGCAUCCUCUGGCGGAGUUGCAGAGGCAGUGAGUUGGCAGUUCUUGCGACAAGCUAUUUACGCAUCGGUGGUACAGCAUCAGCCUUUGCAGCUAGACAUGCAAAACUAUGAGCGCUCGUCAAUUUUUGACCGCCGAGAUGAUGCCGCAUGCGCGAGUAUGAUCAUCUAUCAUUGCGCACGCAUACUGCAGCUAUACUUUGAUGCGCCUGGGAAUGUUGUCAACCGAGAGGAUUGGUAUCGCAUAUCAAACUGCGUGAACGAGUGGAAUGAAACUAAACCACCAACUUGGCAGCCAAUUUGGUACCAAGCAUCGAGUGUGGCGGCUCGCCGGCCUUUUCCUGAGCUCUGGAUGAUAUCGCCGCCUGCAGUGAUCGGAAUGCAAUAUUACUACUCAGCGUGUAUUUUCCUUGCUUUAUCCGAGGCUUCAUCACCUCACAUGAGCGAUUAUGAGAUGGCCCGUUCAAGACGACUGAAGGAAAAAACGAUCGCUGAUUAUCUUGUCGUGGUUAUUGGUCUUUCGAUAUCGAACGAAAGCGUUGAGAAUGCAUAUUUUAUGGCGUCGCAUUUGUUACACCGCUUCGGCUACUGUCUUCGACAAAAGCUUCAGCAGCAAGGAUCAUUGGACUUCUUGAUUCGAGUUGAAAAGGUGCUAGGCUGGCGUACUUCAUGGAUAAUGGAGGAGCUACAGCGCCAAUGGACCGAGCUAGCUGCGUUAGAAGAGGCCUGA